GUAUCCCAAAAGCGCGAGUGGGGAAAGGAAAAAACGAUCCCGUAUUAACCAAAUUGGCACCACGGUGCGAAAAGAGAAGAAAAACAGAAAAAGAAGAAGGAACCCUAGAAAAUCAAAUUCGUAAAAUUGGCGGAAAUGGAGAGAAUUGCCGGGCCAAUCGAUGUCGAUGUGGAAAUAGAAGAGGACGAAUCAGCUAACGAAAUCUUGAGAGAUCGAUUUCGACUCUGUACCAUCUCGAUUGCUGAAGCCGAAGCGAAAAAGAACGGGAUGGAAAUUUCGCCUCCAAUUAUGGCCUGUAUUUCCGAUUUGGCGUUCAGAUACGCAGGACAAUUGGCAAAGGACCUCGAGUUAUUUUCACAACAUGCUGGUCGUAAGUCAGUAAACAUGGAAGAUGUCAUACUUUGUGCUCACCGGAAUAGUGACCUCGUAACGUCAUUGAGGUCCUUCUGCAAUGAUUUAAAAUCAAAAGAACCUCCAGCUGAAAGGAAGAGGAGGAAAAGGGCCACCAAGGAAACUGAUACUCUUUAUGUUCCUGACGAAUAAAACGUUUUCCAACUGAAGCGUGUAAAGGUGUAAAUGCGUAAAGGCGUGAUUCACAUAGUACUAAAUGGUUUUUCGCAUUCCUCAUGAUUUUUGAUGGCAUGAACCUCUGGAAACGGGACAUGAUCAGUUUAAUCCUGGAAGUGUUCUGCCUCUUCUGAGAAUAGAUAGAUAAUAUUGGCAUUCUGGAUCUUUCAGUGCGCACCAGAACUCAACCUCUCAAACAAUCAUUCCAUGGGAUGGGACAUAGAAAGAUGUUUGAUGUUGUUCUGCUAUACGAAGUUCUUUUCUUAAAACUUAGUUGGUACCUAGUUAGAUGCAAUUAGUGUAACCAUCUUUUGGACACUUGCCCAUUUCGCGUAGCCAUUCUAGUCCGAGGAAUGAAUGGGAGUUUAGUGAUGAACUGAUGAUGUAUCUAGCCGUUUGUGUAACAUUGAAGGCGCACUUAAUAUGCCAAAUUUUUUGUUGUGUACAGAGAUUCGAAUGUUCGAGCUUCCAUUAUCGGACAAAUUCUGAAC